AUGACGUCUGAGUCUCUCGCAGAGCUACCGCUUGACACGAAAGGCGAACUUGGCGCGCCCCUCUCGAGCACGUCGUCUAUCGACAAGAAGGGGAGCGAAAGUGAAUUCUCGCCCUCGACUUCGGACCUUCUUCCUGCUCUCGAUGAGAAGCCGCGGUUUACCGAUGUCCUCUUCCGGCGGAAGAAUCUGAAGCUGCUCGACCCCGACGGCUGCGCGACUAGACGAAGUGUCUUCGAUGAUCCCGUCCUGGCUAAGCACUACUGGCCUCCAGAAAAGUACGAGAACCUUCACCGCUUUGAUCCAAAUGCUCGCUGGACAUUCCGUGAGGAGCGGGCUAUCGUGCGGAAGAUUGACUGGCGGGUCAUGCUGUGGGCAGCUAUUAGCUUCUCCGCUCUGAAUAUCGACCGAGGCAACCUGUCACAAGCCAAUACGGACAACUUCCUGCCCGACCUACACAUGACAACAGAUGACUACAACUUGGGAAACGUCAUCUUCCGUCUCGCUUUUCUGGCUGCUGAACUUCCUAGCCAGCUGGUCAGCAAAAGGGUUGGUCCAGAUCGCUGGAUCCCUACGCAAAUGUGCCUCUGGUCCAUCAUCACCCUUUGUCAGUUCUGGCUCUCGGGUCGGUCGAGCUUCUUGGUCUGCCGUGCUCUCCUCGGAUUUAUCCAGGGCGGAUUCAUUCCAGAUUUGAUACUCUACAUGUCUUACUUCUACACAAAGACCGAGCUGCCUAUGCGUCUAGCAUACUUUUGGAUGUCCUCGAACGUCUGCAGCAUCGUCGCCAGCUUCAUUGCGUACGGCGUCCUGCGUCUGCGUGGGCACUUGGGCAAGGCUGGCUGGCAAUGGUUGGGCUGCCUCACUCUGGUGAUCGGCCUAGCGACGUUUUUCAUGAUGCCACCCUCGCCGACACAGACGAAGAAGUGGUUCAGGCCGAAUGGCUGGUUCACGGAGCGGGAAGAGACAAUCAUCGUCUCUCGUGUGCUUCGCGACGAUCCGAGCAAGGGCGACAUGCACAAUCGUGAGGGCCUGACCUUGAAGCGUCUCUGGACCGCAGUCUGCGAUUACGAUCUUUGGCCGCUGUACAUCCUCGGGCUCACAUUCGGCAUCCCUAUCUCCCCGCCAGGUACCUACCUGACUCUUUCGCUCAGGAACCUGGGCUUCGGCACCUUCGAGACCAACUUAUUAACAAUUCCAUCGACGUUCCUAGGCAUCAUCACCAUGUGGCUGGUCACUUUACUCUCAGAGGCGGUCAACGACCGUGCUGUGGUGUCUAUGCUUGAAGAUUUUUGGGCCCUGCCGUUCCUUAUCGCCAUCUACUGUCUCCCGGAGAAUCCGAACCAGUGGAUUUACUAUGGCCUGGCCACGGCGCUGCUGUCCUACCCGUACACGCAUCCAAUCCAAGUUGGCUGGUGCUCUCGCAACUCGGGUGCGGUCGCGAGCCGAACAGUUAACGCUUCGCUGUACAACAUGUUCGUGCAGCUGACCUCCGUCGUGUCUGCGUACAUCUAUCAGUCAAACGACGCGCCGCGCUACCGGCGGGGCAAUCGCAUCCUCAUCUCAAUCAGCUGUAUCAACCUGAUCGUUCUCUACCCCGGCACGAAGCUGUACUACAUCUGGCGGAACAAGCAGCGCGACCGCAUCUGGAACGCGAUGACUCCUGAGCAGCAGGUGCACUAUCUGGCGACGACGAAGGAUGUUGGGAAUCGUCGCCUUGACUUCCGCUUUGCUCACUGA